GAUAGAUGGCGCCAAGAAUAAAUAACACGUUGUAAAAGACUAGGAGUAAUUACUCAGUUUACGUGAUAAUAUCUACAUUUGUGCCGAUUUAUCGUAAUCUAAAACAUUUAUAAAUAUCUAUAGACGAUAUACAGCGGAUUAGUUGAGACCAUGUCCAAACUACAGGACAACCAACCGGCGAUUACCGACUUCGUCAAAAUUCGUGCUGAUAAAAACCAAGAUGGUGGACAACUUGCACAGGACUUUGAUAAGCCAUCCUCGAUAACUAUACCCGUGAAGCGAAAUAGACGAGAAGCGGGGUUCCCAAGUAAGGACAGUGAAACUUCGCCAGUACCGUACGAUGACGUUUUUGAGAAAGCUCUUGAUGAAGCAUCCUCAGGUACAUGCACCACAGACGAUCCACAUGAUAUGGAUUCUGAGCAACCGGUAACUAUCCUCUCUCUUACUACCGUUAUGAGAACAUUACUUAAUGAAAAUAACACCCAGAUAAUGUCUCAAAUGCGUGAUAUGGUGAAGCAUGAAAUUGAAAAAUCCACGAUAAAGCUAUCUACUGAUCUAAAACAACUUCGUGAAGAAAAUGACACUCUGAAGUCCAGAAUCAUGAUAUUGGAGAAAUCCCAUACUGAUAUGACUGUUAAGCAAGAUCAGCUAGCCCUUGAGGUAAAUCAUAAUGCUCAAUACAGCAGGAAAUCCACAUUACGUGCCGUUGGGAUCGCUGAUGACAAAAAUGAGUCUGUUGAAAAGUGUAUUGACACUCUCUGUAAAACCCUAAAUGAUCACCUGCCAGCAGGAGCUAUGAUUGAACCUGACCACAUUGAAAUUGCCCACCGUUUGCCUGGAAGAGAUGGGAAGCCACGACAAAUCAUAGCCAAAUUCUUUGACCGACUUGUUAAGGACAAAGUAAUGUCAAACAAGCGCCACCUAAAAGGCACCAAUGUGAGAAUUUACCAUGAUCUCAGUCCGAGAAACAGAGUACUGCUGAAAGAAGUCAAGCAGCACAACGAUAUUGAUCAAGCAUGGUACAAUAACAUGAAAGUGUAUGGUAAACUCAAAUCUGGUACAAUCAAAGUAUUCUCAAUCAACGAUAACAUUGACUCUGUCAUUGCCAGGUCUUAA